GGCAAUUGAUAAACUGGCAGCAUAUGGUUGAUCGAUGUUAACUGAUUAAUGUUCAUCCAGCUCCGGUCGCUUCUAUCUGAGAUACUGAAACCCUACCAGAAUCUGCUUAUAACCAAGCAGCUCCACAGUUUGAUCAUCACCAAAACUACUCUUUCCAAUGAUCCAUUUUAUGCAACAAAGUUCAUCAGAUUAUAUGCCAUCAAUGGCGACCUACACUCCGCUCGUUUGCUCUUUGAUCGAAUGUCUCAAAGAACUGUCUUCCUUUGGAAUUCCAUCAUCAGAGCUUAUGCUCGAUUCCAUUUAUUUGGUGAAUCAUUCCUCAUGUUCAGGAAAAUGUUGACUUCCGAGACUAAGCCAGAUAACUUCACAUUCGCCUGCAUUUUGCGUGCCUGCUCUGAAAACCUAGAUUCACAAGGACUGAAGCGUAUUCAUGGAGCAGUGGAAGUUUUGGGCGUCAGAAAGGACCCUGUAGUGAGCAGUGCGCUUGUAACAGCUUAUUCAAAACUUGGGCUUGUUGGCGAAGCAAGUGUGGUGUUCGAUGAAAUGCCUGACCCAGAUUUGGUCUUGUGGAAUUCAAUGACUUCUGGUUAUGGCUAUUCGGGAUGUUGGAAUAAUGGCCUACGACUGUUCAACACGAUGCGGAGCAUGGGAAAGCAGCCAGAUGCUGAGACAUUAGUUGGAUUAAUGUCAAGUUUACUUGAACCUAACCUAUUGGGAAUUGGACGAAGUAUGCAUAACUUUUGUUUGAAAAGUGGUUUUGAUUCAAGUCCACAUAUAGGCAGUGUACUGGUGAGUAUGUACUCAAGGUGUAAGUGUCUUAAUUCAGCACUUAAAGUAUUUCAUAGCAUAUAUCAUCCCGAUCUUGUUACAUGGUCUGCUUUAAUAACUGGACUUUCACAGUCUGGAGAAAACGAAAAGGCUAUAGCCUUGUUCAAGGAAAUGAAUAUUAUGGUAGUAGGUAACAAAGCCGAUUGUGUAUUAAUUGCUAGUUUAGUAUCUGUUAUUGCUCAAUUAGCUGUUCUUGGCCAUGGCACUGAAUUACAUGGUUAUAUUGUAAGGCAUGGAUUGGAUUCAGACGUUAUGGUAUCUUCCGCACUUGUUGACAUGUAUGUGAAAUGUGGUUUCUUGCCUACGGGGCUACUAGUUUUUCGGAAGAUGCCAACAAGGAAUGUUAUAUCUUACAAUUUGAUCAUGCAUGCUUUUGCUUUAAACGGGCUCCCUUUCGAUUCAUUUAGAAUGUUUGAGGAGAUGCUUAUGAAUGGAUACCAACCAGAUGAAUCCACUUUUUCUGCUCUUCUUUGUGCUUGCUGUCAUGCUGGUCUUGUGGAAUAUGGGCAGGUAUAUUACAAAAGAAUGAAGGAUGAAUUUAGUCUUGAAUAUAGGAUAGAGCAUAAUAUUUAUAUGGUGAAACUUCUGGGAAUGGCUGGAAAGUUACAAGAGGCUUAUGAAUUUAUCAAAUCCUUGGCAAAGCCAGUGGAUUCUAGCGUUUGGGGUGCAUUCCUUUCGUGUUGUGAUGUUCUUGGAAAUUCUGAGAUGGCAGAAAUUGCAGCUAAGUGGUUGUUUGAGAAUAGAGAAGAUGGAAGUGCUUAUAGAGUUAUGAUUUCUAAUGUAUAUGCUGGCAAUGGAAAGUGGGAUGAGGCGACUAAAUUGAGAGACCGAUUGACGAAGAUGCCUGGUAUAAGCUGGACAAAUGUACUAUAGCCAGCUUCUUCAUGGCAGGGGAUCAGCUGCAGUUGUGCUUCUGUUGGUAGCAGUUUCCAUUUUGGGGUCCAUCAGUGCAAGGGAAAGUGUGUUCUCAAUGGUAUCGGCUUCAUCAUACAACCGAAUUGCAGCCAACACAGAAAGAAGCUUCAAAGACUGAAUCAGAAAGAAUGUAUCUAUUAGUAUAAAAUGAAGUCAGACAAAGAAAAAGGCAAGUUGUUAAUUAGUUAUAGUUUCAUACUGCAGUUCUAGCCCUUCUCGUGAUAGCUCUUAUAUCUUCUUUCCCAGUCCAGACUCGUGGCAUCGAAUCAGAGUCAUUGCUGAAUAUUGUCGAAAACCUGUUGAUAUUCUUCAAUUAGUAAAGGAAAACCGUUUAGGAAAAAAAUAUAUAAUUUGUGGUCCAUACCGUUCUUUCAUACAGAAUAAAACUUUUGCGGAUUGGUCUUUA